AUGAUAGUGAAAAGUGCAAUAAAAGAACGUUGGAAAGGCAAUAAUGUGCGGGUGUCGGUGUUCGGAAGUUUACGAACUCGACUGUUCUUACCGACGUCAGAUAUCGACGUAUUGGUCGAGUGUGAUGAAUGGAAAGACUCGAGUGUCAUGCGCCAGAAAUUUCUAACGCCAGAAAUUGCUGAGAAGUUCUACUGA